UGCCCACCAUGGCCUCCGCUGACAAGAAUGGAGGGGAUCUCUCCUCUGCGUCUGGUAGCCGCCUGCAGAGCCGGAAGCCACCCAACCUGUCCAUUACCAUCCCACCGCCUGAGGCGCAGGCCCCCGGCGAGCAGGACAGCAUGCUGCCUGAGAGGCCCAAGAACCCAGCCUACUUGAAGAGCGUCAGCCUUCAGGAGCCCCGGGGACGAUGGCAGGACAGCACGGAGAAGCGCCCUGGUUUCCGCCGCCAGGCCUCCCUGUCCCAGAGCAUCCGCAAGGGCACAGCCCAGUGGUUCGGGGUCAGUGGCGACUGGGAGGGCAAGCGGCAGCACUGGCAGCGCCGCAGCCUGCACCACUGCAGCGUGCGCUACGGCCGGCUCAAGGCCUCAUGCCAGAGGGACCUGGAGCUCCCCAGCCAGGAGGUGCCGUCCUUCCAGGGCAUCGAGUCACCAAAACCCUGCAAGAUGCCCAAGAUUGUGGACCCGCUGGCCCGGGGCCGGGCCUUCCGCCACCCAGAUGAGGUGGAUCGGCCCCACGCACCCCACCCACCACUGACCCCGGGAGUCCUGUCCCUCACCUCCUUCACCAGCGUGCGCUCUGGCCACUCCCACCUGCCUCGCCGCAAGAGGGUGUCUGUGGCCCACAUGGGCUUCCAGGCUGCUGCGGCCCUCCUCAAGGGGCGCUCGGUGCUGGAUGCCACUGGACAGCGGUGCCGUGUGAUCAAACGCAGCUUUGCCUACCCCAGCUUCAUGGAGGAAGACGCAGUCGAUGGGGCAGACACCUUCGACUCCUCCUUUUUUAGUAAGGAAGAAAUGAGCUCCAUGCCCGAUGACGUGUUUGAGUCCCCCCCACUCUCUGCCAGCUACUUCCGAGGAAUCCCACAGUCGGCCUCCCCCGUCACCCCCGAUGGGGUGCAGAUCCCUCUGAAGGAGUGUGGCCGAGCCCCAGUCACGGCCACCAGGCGCGGUAAGCGCAUCGCCUCCACAGUGAAGCACUUUGCCUUUGACCGGAAGAAGCGGCACUACGGCCUGGGCAUGGUGGGCACCUGGCUCAACCGCAGCUACCGCCGCAGUAUCAGCAGCACCGUGCAGCGGCAGCUGGAGAGCUUCGACAGCCACCGGCCCUACUUCACCUACUGGCUGACCUUCGUCCACAUCAUCAUCACGCUGCUGGUGAUUUGCACCUACGGCAUUGCGCCCGUGGGCUUUGCCCAACACGUCACCACCCAGCUGGUGCUGAGGAACAAAGGUGUGUACGAGAGCGUGAAAUACAUCCAGCAGGAGAACUUCUGGGUCGGGCCCAGCUCGAUUGACCUGAUUCACCUGGGAGCCAAGUUCUCGCCCUGCAUCCGGAAGGACCAGCAGAUCCAGCAGCUGGUGCUGCGGGAGCGAGACCUGGAGCGGGACUCGGGCUGCUGUGUCCAGAACGACCAUUCGGGCUGCAUCCAGACCCAGAGGAAGGACUGCUCGGAGACUUUGGCCACUUUUGUCAAGUGGCCAGAUGAUACUGCGCCCCCCAUGGACAAGUCUGAUCUGGGCCAGAAACGGACGUCAGGAGCCGUAUGCCACCAGGACCCCAGGACCUGUGAGGAGCCAGCCUCCAGUGGUGCCCACAUCUGGCCUGAUGACAUCACCUUGUGGCCAAUCUGCACUGAGCAGGCCAGGAGCAACAACACGGGCUUCCCGCACAUAGACUGCCAGAUCAAGGGCCGCCCCUGCUGCAUCGGCACCAAGGGCAGCUGUGAGAUCACCACUCGCGAGUACUGUGAGUUCAUGCACGGCUAUUUUCACGAAGAGGCAACACUCUGUUCCCAGGUGCACUGCUUGGACAAGGUGUGCGGGCUGCUGCCCUUCCUCAACCCUGAGGUCCCAGAUCAGUUCUACAGGCUCUGGCUGUCUCUGUUCCUACACGCUGGGGUGGUGCACUGCCUCGUGUCUGUGAUCUUCCAAAUGACCAUCCUGCGGGACCUGGAGAAGCUGGCUGGCUGGCACCGCAUCUCCAUCAUCUUCAUCCUCAGCGGCAUCACGGGCAACCUCGCCAGUGCCAUCUUCCUCCCGUACCGAGCAGAGGUGGGCCCGGCUGGGUCACAGUUCGGCCUCCUCGCCUGCCUCUUCGUGGAGCUCUUCCAGAGCUGGCAGCUGCUGGAGCGGCCCUGGAAGGCCUUCCUCAACCUGUCGGCCAUUGUGCUCUUCCUGUUCGUCUGCGGCCUCCUGCCCUGGAUCGACAACAUCGCCCACAUCUUCGGCUUCCUCAGCGGCAUGCUGCUGGCCUUUGCCUUCCUGCCCUACAUCACGUUCGGCACCAGCGACAAGUACCGCAAGCGGGCGCUCAUCCUGGUCUCGCUGCUGGUCUUCGCCGGCCUCUUCGCCUCCCUGGUGCUCUGGCUCUACAUCUACCCCAUCAACUGGCCCUGGAUCGAGCACCUCACCUGCUUCCCCUUCACCAGCCGCUUCUGUGAGAAGUACGAGCUGGACCAGGUGCUGCACUGACCCCAGCCCAGCAGGCCUGUGCACCUGCCAUCCUCUGGGCACUGACAACAAGGGGCUCUGCCUGCGGAGCAUUGGGGUCACAAGGGGCUGGGCCCCUGCCUGCAGAGCAUUGGGGUCACUGGACCCAGGGCCCACUCCACCUGUCAAGGUGACUGACGGACGUUCGGCAAAGGUGAGCUCCCCGGGAGGGAGACUCUCAUUUCUCAGGCCUGUGUUCUUGGUCAGGGGUUAGGGACGCCCAGGACACCUGUUUCUCUGAGGCACGGGCCCUGGCCUCCUCCCCACUCCCUGCUGUAGGGACCACCUACAGCUUCUCCCGGGGGCCCAGGGCCUUCUCCCCAUAGUCAGUGUGAGCGCGCCCUCCCUGGACACGUGGCUGCUCCCAGUCGUCCCCAGGGCUGGGGACCCCACCACAGCCCCCCUUCCUGUUUCUCCUCCCCUCUGUGCCCUGAGCCCACUUGAGCCUGUCAUAGGCUCCCGGGGAGGGAGGGUCUGUUGGGUGGGGCAGAGAACCAGAAGCAGACACAAGUAGAGGGCCCGGAGCCUUGGCUUGUCUUCCGCCACCCCCACUCCAGCAUCCUGCCCUGCAGUUGGCUCUGCUGCCUCUGCCUCACUCCUGGUGGGGGGGACUGAGCUGCCACAAAGUCUUCCUCCCGGGGAGGGUGGGGGCGCCUGGGCUUGCUCAGGCCUGUUUUUUGUUGUUUGUUUGUUUUGUUUUGUUUUGUUUUUUACCAGUUUUAUUAUGGUCCUAAUUUUAAAAAGUAACGCUAACUUUGUAUGGAUGAUGUCUCAAAUGUAUUAAAUGGAACUCUCUAUGGAA